AUGGCUCCCUCCUCAGCAUCAAUCGACUACACGGUGAUCAACCCAGCUCAAAAAUGGAAGAUUCUCCGAGUACAAUGGCGGUACGGACUAUGGGCGCUAUGGACAUCCAUCGGUUCCAUGAUGCUUGGCUUUGACUACGUGAUCGGCAGCCAGCUAGCAGCCCUAUCAGAGUUCCAAAGGUUCUUCGGCGUCCAACAACAAGACGGAAGCUGGAUCGUUCCUGCGUCGUACCUUUCAGCCUGGGGUGCGAUCGGGCUUGGGUGUGACGUGGUCGCAUCGUGGCUCGCAGCACCUGUUUUGGAAAAAUAUGGACGGAAACCUCUUAUCCUCUUCUGCGCGGGAGUGUCCACGGUUGCCAUUAUCCUUCAGCAGAUGGCUACCAAUUGGAGAGUGCAUUUGGCGGGCCGUGCAGUGAAUGGCAUCUCCAUUGGUAUAAUGUUCACCAUCUCACCAUUGUGGAUUGGAGAGACCUGCCGUCCUGAGCUUAGAGGGUUUUGGCUCUGCUUCUUCAAUACCAGCAUUAUCUGGGGGCAAAUGCUUGUUGUUAUCGUGGCUCGUGCAAGCAGCGGGCUUCAAGACAAGUGGCAAUGGUGGAUCCCCGUGAUUUGCAUGUAUAUAUACCCGCUGAUGCUUGUUCUCGUCUGGCCAUUCUUCCCAGAGUCACCAUACUGGCUAAUCCGCGAAGACAAGCACGAAGCUGCGAGGAAGUCGCUAGAACGCAUGUAUGGAGUUGACGACCCGACAUUCUACGACAUUGAAAUGAAACGCCUCCAGGAGGACGUGAAUUUCUGCGAAGAUCGAGCAGACGGAACCAAAAGAGUUAAGAUGAUCUGGGGGUGGAUCCCCUCGCCCACUGCCGAGCUCGAAUGCUUCGAUAAAAAGAACCGCAAGAGGACGCUGACUGCGAUCUGUGCCGCCAGCUCACAGCAGGUCAUCGGAGCUGCCUUUGUUAUUGGCAAUGCCACAUAUUUCCUGGAUCUAAUCGGCAUUAAGGAGUAUUUCGAUGCGUCAGUCGCACUUUACAUCAUCAUGUUACUAUCCUCAGUAGCGGCGUUUCCACUCAGCGAGAUGAUCGGCCGUCGGACAUUGAUUGUACCCUCGAAAUUCGUUCUUUGCUUUUUUCUGCUUUUGAUUGGCAUCAUGGGCUGCGUGCCCGAUCAGACGAAAGCAGGCUGGGCAAUUGUCGUGUUCAUCUAUCUGUGGGCCAUUGUCUAUCAAGUGAGCAUAGGUGCCACAGGCUUUGUGCUGGCAAGCGAGGUUGCUACUCUGAGGCUUCGUGCCGGUACUCAAGCUCUCGUUACGAUGAGCAAUGGUGUCUGGGGACUCAUAAUGCAAUUCACUAUUCCAUAUAUGAUUAACCCAGAUGCCGGACAUCUCGGCGGCAAAGUCGGCUUCAUCUUCUUCGCGUUGGGACUUGUAGUAUCCAUUUUCGGCUGGUUCCUGUACCCCGAGACCAAAGGCGUCCGUUUUGAGAAACUUGACGAGUUGUAUGCGCAGGGAAUUAAGCCUCGCCAUUUCAAGAAACACGAGAACGCUAGUGAUUUGGACAACCAGAUUGGCAGGGAGGAGAUCAAGGCAAAGGCUUAG